GGGGUUGCGUGCACUCGUAGACCACUCAUUUGAUACAAUUUGCGUGAAUACGCGUGGUCUCGAUUUAUUGGAAAAUCGGAUAUAAUGGGUAAUUUGAUCCCCGAUGUAUGCGCGCCGCUUCAAUUCGGGAUCGAAUGGAUUAUUGGUUCGCGUUAAUGAUGAUUUUUUGAAGGAAGGGGAUACAGCCGCAAAUUAUCCAAGCUUAUUUUAUCCUGACGUAUCAUGCGUUUGUUUAACCAAGAUAUCGUUAGUUUUGAAAAAAUGUUUUCACGUAUUAUCCCCGCUAUAUUUUCCCCAAGAUUAAAUAAAUUUAACGAUCUUGUUACAGGUGUCGGGCACAAUAUAGAAUCCGGGAAAGACUUCACGGUCGACGGUCUCUCCGGUUUCAGCAAAAAGAAGAAGAAGAAGCGUCGUCAUAGCUCCAGGACGAUCUUCACGUCACAGCAGCUGGAGGAGCUGGAGGCAGCGUUCAAAGAAGCCCAUUAUCCCGACGUGUACGCUCGCGAGAUGCUCAGCCUUCGAACCGAUCUGCCCGAAGACAGGAUACAGGUCUGGUUUCAAAAUCGAAGAGCAAAAUGGCGCAAAACUGAAAAGUGUUGGGGCAGAAGUACCAUAAUGGCGGAGUACGGCCUGUACGGAGCGAUGGUACGGCACUCACUACCGCUUCCGGAGACCAUAUUGAAGAGUGCCAAGGAGAACGAGUCGGUGGCGCCAUGGUUGCUAGCUCAAUCAUCUAAGACGAGCAGCUUUAGUCAAGAUAUCGAAAAUAAUCAAGAACUGAUUGACUGUGGCCCCGCAGGGAUGCACCGGAAGUCAAUCGAAGCAGCGGAACACCUCAAGUCAGGCGGAGAGGACAGUGGAAACGAUCAUAAUGGAAGCGGAAGCAGCCCCCAUCAUAAUCAUCAUCAAGGUGGACCGACCAGUUCUGAGAGCGGACAGGAGAGUCAGGAUGGUAUGGGGCCUUCUUCGUCGACAGGAAUCGUUCAGGACACGGAGCAGCUGAGGAACGAGAGCAUCGCCUGUUUAAGGGCGAAGGCUCAGCAGCAUCAGCUGCAAUUGAGCCUACAACCAACGGCGGCACCCACCAGCGCCUCGUAUCCAACAGGCCCACAAUCGAGCACGCUCCACGCCCCCGUUUAAUCAUCGUUUCAUCGACAUUCCUUUCACACGAAUCAUCGAAACUAGGAGACGUUCGACUUAACUUGUAGAGAACACAGCCACGUUCUAGAAACUUCGUCAAUCACGUCACGU